AUGGGUUCAUCUACCGAAGGACAUAGGAAGACCCAGGACGUUGCUGGUAUAAAUCAGGCAACUAACGACUACUCUGUGAAUUGUUCCGGGAGUGAUCGUACUCCGCAUUCGUCCCUAUCAACAGAAGAAGUUACUCUUGUCCCUGGUAAUGAAGGAGUAAUGUUAAAUCAUGAUGUUACUGGAUCGGAGCCGAUCAAUUUCCCUUCAGCAGAUUUCAGAUUAAACAGUGCUGCUUCUACAACACCAGUAGCAUCUCCUUCAGUUUCAUUUCAAGGCUCUUCUGGAAACAGGACAUCGCUUCCUAUGGCUGUAACGCCUGUUGAAGAUUCAGAGCAUUUUACACAGGAUCAAAAUGCUGCUCCUUCUAGGCGACAUCAUCAUAAUAAACAUCAUCAUAACAAACAUCAUCAUAAUGAAAAGAAAAGGAAACAAUGGAACAAGCGGGCCAAGCUUCCUCGUCCGCUUCCUGAUACUGAAACAUGUACGAAUUGUGGUGAUACAAAAAAGCAGCCUUCUGGUAAACGAAACCACAAGCGUCAAGGAAGGAGGCCUGCUUCUCGUCAUACUUCCGGCUUGACUGAUUCCGGUACGUACCAUCCGUCCUACUCUCGUCACCACCACCGGUAUGCUUCAUCUGGUCAGCCCAGUGUACAAGCUUCUUCUGAACCCUUGGGACAAUUUUCCAGUAGUGAUCAUAGCUCUUCGGAAUCUUUGUAUUCCAUCUCCUCAAUGAGUAUUAAGAACGACUCUAAUUCGGAUUCAUUAUCUUCGUCAUCCUCCUCUACCGAUUUGUCCUCAAACGACCUCCCAUUGCUUCCUGAUGAAAAUUUUUUAAGGCCUAAUGCUGAUAUUCCUUCAUCAGAAAUAUAUCGAAGAUCCAGUGCUACUAAGUCGUGCUCAGCCGCCAUGGAUGAUUCUCAGAAUAUAUCAACGGAGCUGAACACACAGUCUGAUACAAACUUGGUAGAUCAGCCUUCAAGGCCUUCCGUUAACUUUGCCCCGGCUACAUAUUUAGCAAAGGAAAAUGAGUCUACUUCAGUGAAAUCUGUUGCUUCUCAGAACCGGGAUGCGAAUUCUCAUGUCGACUCAGAGUUGCCGAGAGACGUUGAAGAAGACGUCUGCUUUCCGAUGCAAGAAGAAUCACUCGCUUAUAAUGGCAUAGAUUUUGAUGAGCUUGAUAAUUUUGCAUCUGAGGAAUUACAGAAGAGAAUGGCUGAUAUGGUGAAUUGCCGAUCUAGACAGUACAGCGUCAGCAAACCUUUCGAGCCGCAUUGGAAGGAUUUGAGUCCUCAAAGAGAUUCCACAGGAACCUCUUCGGAAGUACUAUAUGACGAGAAAUUAGCUAAUAAACCAUUGAAAAGUUACAUUUCUCCGAAUAGGGAAUCUAUAGGAUCAAAGGCUCAAAGUCCUCAUAGGUUUAGCUUGUUUUCUUCAGGAGAGAAUGAAACGAUUCAUGCUGCAGCUAUUUCUGAUUUGCUAGAAGACGAGGUCCAUAGUUUCCGUUCUCUACUCUGCGCUGAGAAAGGCGUUUGGUGGUUAGAUUGUUUGAAUCCUACUGAUAGUGAAAUGAGAAUGCUUUCAAAAGCGUUUUCGAUCCACCCGUUAACAACGGAGGAUAUUCGUGUUCAAGAAACAAGAGAAAAAGUUGAACUGUUUAGGUCGUAUUACUUUGUAUGUUUCAGGUCGUUUGAACAAGACCCUGAGGGAGAAGAUUAUUUGGAGCCGCUAAAUAUGUAUAUUAUUGUGUUUCGCGAGGGCCUUAUGACUUUUCACUUCAGUUCUACUACGCAUCCUGCUUCUGUGAGGCGUCGUGCUCGUCAACUGAGAGAUUAUGUUGACGUGAGCUCAGACUGGCUUUGUUAUGCAUUAAUUGAUGACAUUACAGAUGCAUUUGUCCCGUUAAUUCGUGCAAUUGAGACUGAGACGGAAGCCAUUGAAGACUCCGUAUUGGUGGGUCGACUGGAUGAAAGCUGUGAUAUGCUUCGAAGAAUAGGGGAAUGCCGAAAGAAAACAAUGGGUAUGUUCCGUUUGCUGUACGGCAAGGCAGAUGUCAUUAAGAUGCUUGCAAAACGGUGUAAUGAGAAAUGGAAUAUGGCACCAACGGGUGAAAUUGGGUUGUACUUGGGUGAUAUUCAAGAUCAUUUAAUUACGAUGACAUCGAAUCUUUCUCAAUUUGAGAAAAUUCUUUCACGUACACACAGUAACUACUUAGCCCAGUUGACCUCAAAUUCUAUUGAUGAAAACUCGAGAAUGAACGGUGCUUUAACAAAAAUCACAUUACUUGGUACGGUACUGGUUCCCAUGAACUUAAUUACAGGAUUGUUUGGAAUGAACGUACCUAUUCCAGGUCAAUCAAGUGACACAAACUCUACGCUGGCUUGGUUCUUUGGAAUCAUUGGCGUCUUAAUCGCUUUGAUAGUGAUUGGUUGGUUUGCUGCUCUUCGUUACAACGCCAUUUAA